AUGAGCGGCUGGAGUCCUAUUGCAACAGAGUACGACCCCCUAAAAGCCGGGAGCAUCGACGGGACCGACGAUGAGCCUCAUGAUCGUGCUAUUUUUAGGGCUAUGAUUGCCCGCUACAAACCUAACAAAGGUGUUGUUGGGGAUCCACGGCUUACUCUUUUCGUGGCUCGUCUGAACCCUGUUACCACGGAGGAUAAAUUGCACCAAGUUUUCUCAAAGUUUGGAGACAUUCAGCGGCUGAGGCUAGUGCGAGAUAUUGUGACCGGUUUCUCUAAAAAGUAUGCCUUCAUUGAAUACAAGGAACAGCGAGCCGUGUAUCGAGCCUGGCGAGAGGCCGAGAAACUUGUGGUGGACCAACAUGAACUGUUUGUCGAUAUGGAACAAGAAAGAACUCUAAAGGGAUGGGUCCCGCGGCGUCUCGGAGGCGGACUAGGGGGCAACAAGGGGUCCGGACAGCUGCGAUUUGGCGGCCGAGACAGACCUUUCCAAAGACCAAUUCAUCUCUUAAGGUAUCCUGGAGGUGGUGGCCCAGCGUCUGAGAGAAGCCCUGGCGGACGGAGAAACUGGGACAGAAGAGAGAGAUAUGACCGAGACAGGCAUCGGGACUAUGGAAGCAGAGGAGAGGAUAGAGACGACCGUUGGCACAGAGACAGGAGCAGCAGGCACAGAGAAAGGAGAUGA